AUGCUUAGACAGAAGGCUGAGGCUUCUUGGUUAAAAGAAGGAGAUAGAAACACAGAGUUUUUCCACAAGUUGGUUCAGGGAAGAUGGAGAAGCAAUAAUAUCUCUUUUGUCAAUACUAGUAGAGACAAAGUAGAAGAAGUGGUCGAGGUUAAAUCUGCAGUCAAAGAUUUUUUUGUCGAGAAUUUUGAAGAGUCAUUGUUUGAUAAACCUGCCUUAGAUGAUGUGGGAAUGAAGAAACUAUCGAAGGAAGACAAAACCUUUUGA